GACUAAAUUGUCAAAUGAUUGACAAUAAAUAACACAUUGCAAUAAAGUAAAAGUCUAUAAUUAAUAAUAAUCAAUGGGGAGAAAUUGACAGACUUCUGGAGGUUAUGAGUGCUUUUUUGUUUGCAAUUUUUGAAAAUUUGUUUGAAAAUUUUUGAUAGGAUACCUUACAUUCUAUAUAUCGAAGGGAAUUGAAAUAUGGCGUCAGCUUGGAGGGGAAAAUAAUUGCAUUCACUUGUUGCGGCGAUAAAUUCUGACAAGACAAUAAGUGAAACGUCAAAAGAUUUGAUCGUGUCCCUACCUGGUUAUUCCUAGAAAAAAUUACCAUGAAACCAACUCCAGUGGCUGAUGAGAUGUUCCCUGAAGGCGCGGGCCCUUACAUGGACCUGGAGGAGGCUGGAGGCUUAUCGAAUUUACUGAUGGAUCUUGCUGCUAAUGAAAAAGCUGUACAUGCUGAUUUUUUCAAUGAUUUCGAGGAUUUGUAUGAUGAUAAUGAUCUCGACUGAUGCACAAUCACAUCGGUUACCUCCUCCUUCAUGUCUACAAUGUUAAUAAACAAUUAUUCAUAAAAUGAACAUGAAAACUGUCCCAUUUAUUUUGACUCAUUCAAAUCAUCAGAAACAUUAAUUCUCUCUUCUUAUAUAAACUAUUAAACGAGCCUUCUGCCAAUAAA